UGCUGCUGUCCCUCUUUGUCCACUUGGCCUAUCGAGCGUACUGUCGUCGCGAGAUUUUGCGCGACAGACACAAUAGACUGUAGCAACAGCCACGGAGAACAGGAGCUCCUACACGACGGAGGCGGUAUCAAGCAGGCGACGGAGUCCACGGUUCCCGCUCAAUAAUCUCCGCCUGCGGGUCCACACCCCAGACCAAGUCAUUCUUUCGCCGCUGUGUUGCUCGUUCUCAUACGCACCGAGCCCGUCGGUGUUUAUACCUGGCCUUCCUGCGGGCGACAGGGUGGCCGGGGGGCUUGUUUGGCGGCGGUCGUCGGGGGGACCGGCGCGCGCUGUCGGGUGGGACGGGGUUCCGCGCGCGUGGUGAUUUUUUUAAGUAGCACGAGAAACGAAGCGACAUGACGAAGGUCCCGGACUUCACCCCCGAGCAGUGGGACAAGUGGCUCAAGGAUAAGAAGUACGCGGAGGACCGCGUGGAGGACCUGGAGGAUGAGCUGGACCGGGCCCUCGACGAACAAGAGAAAGCGGCCCAUGCCGCCGACGAGCUCAGGUCCGAGCGAGACGCCGAGAAGAGGCUGCGCGUGCAGGCCGAGAACGACGCGAGGAGGGCCAAGGCGGCGGCCGAUCAGGCCGCCGCCGCCGCCGCGGAGGCCUCGCGGUCGCUCAAGCUGGGGGAGAAGCAGAUCGGCGGCAAGGGCAAGGACGGGGAGUCCCAGGAGCUGCGCGUGGAGAUCCAGCAGCUGAAGGCGAAGAACCACGGACUAAACACGCAGAUGGAUGCCCUUGCGGCGGACCACGAGAGGCUGGCGAGUCUCCUCGACACGGCAGAGAAGGCAUUCAGAGACAAAGAGUCGAUGGGUACAGAGGCGGCGGAGCUGAGGAAGGUUCUUGCUGACCUCGAGCGAGAGAAGGCGGAGGUCAUCGCGGAGAAGGAGGCCAAGAUAUCGGAGUGGCAGGCGCUCAUGGCGAGCACCGAGGAGAUCAAGGCCGAGGCCGCCAGGCUGCAGGCACAAAACCACAAGCUUGGCGACGAGCUGGACCGGCUGGCCCCGUCAGCCUCGCCCUCCAAGGAUAAGGAGGCGGCCGCCGCCGCCACCGCGAAGCUGGAGGUCGCUACGAAGUCCCUGACGGAGGCGGAGGAGAGGGCUGAGACGGCAGAGGGGCAGCUCACCACGCUUCAGACUGAGCUACGGACAGCUCGCGAGGCAAAGGCCAUGCGGGACGAGGCGGAGCUGAAGGCCGGCGCGGCGCGGGAGGGAGUAGCUAUUGCGGACGCGCAGACGGCGAAGGCGACGGAGGAGGCCAAUUCCUUGAGGGACGAGCUGGCCGAUCUCCGAGAACACCAGGCGGAGUCGGCGUCGGAGCAGGAGGGGGAGCUGUCCUCGGCGCGAAAGAAGGCGGCAGACCUGGAGCACAAGCUCGCGGCCGUGCAGCAGGAGAUGGAAGGGCAGGAGCAGGAGCUCGCGGCCUCUCGGCAGCAGGCGGAGGAGUACGGGGUGCGGGUCAAGGCCCUGGAAGAAAAGGUAGCAGACUCGGAGCGGCAGCUGGAGGACGCGGGGCGGAAGGUGGAGGAGGCUGAGAACCUCGCGAGGGAGGCCGUGCAGGAGCAGCAGGCGGGCAAGGACAAGGGGUUGGCGGACGAGGAGGCGAAGGGCAAGGACCAGGAGAAGCUUGCGGCCAUGCGCCAGCAGCUGGUGGAGGCGCAGGCCAUCCGCAAGGAGGCGGGGGAGAAGGCGGCUGCGUCCGAGGCUCGCGCGGAGGAGCUGGCAACGGCGCUGUCGGAGUCUCAGCGGGCGCUAGAAAAGUCAGAAUCGGCGGCGGCAUCCAUGUCCGCCGCAAAACAAGACGACCAGGCAGACGAGGAGGGGACGAAGGACCAGCUGCUGGAGAUGAUGAGCCUGCUCAAGGAGGCCGAAGCGGCGAAGCAAGCGGCGCAGGACGAGCUUGCCGGCAAGGACGAGAAGAUCGAAGAGCUAGAGGCGAGGGUUCUUGCGUCUUCAUCGUCCUCCGCUCCCAACGGGACCGCCAACAUCGGCGGCUUGCAUCGCGACUCCGGGUACACCGCGGAAGGUGGUGCCGCGAGGUCUUUGGCAGGGGACGGGGAAGCCGAGGGUGGAGCGGCUGCCGCGGAGGCGGAGGCCAACGGGGGGGAGGAUCUGUCGGCGAAGGUCGCGACGUUGCAGGCGGAGCUGGACGACAUGCACGCCAUGUUGGACAAUGUGUCUGCCGAGAGGGACGCGGCCCUGGUAGGGUCUCCAGCGGCGGCGGCGAAUGGGGAAGACUUGCCUGCCAAGAUAAAGACGAUGCAGGCGGAGCUGGACGACGUACACGCAAUGCUGAACAACGUGUCCGCCGAGAGGGACGCCGCCCUCAACGACCUCCGACGGGCGGGCGGCGUGAGAGAAGCCGCCCGCAGGGGCGGCAGCGCCGACGACUUGACAAGCGGGGAGGCCGGGUCCGAGGAAGAGGUGCUGCGGCUGAGGCGCGACUGUGAUAAGCUACGCGAUCAGUUGAGCGAGUUUGAAGGCGGGGAAGUGCCCCCUCCAGGGGCGAAGAGGAUAAAGUCUCUUGAGGCUCAGGUGGAGCGUCUGUCGGAGGAGAAUAUGCGACAGUCGGACAAGGCCAACAGCCUGGCGGCGCAGGUGGAACGCGAGAAGGAGGAGCUGAGCCAGCAGUUGAUUUCGGCCAAGCUCCAGGUGGCGCAGCUGUACAUGGAGGUGGACGGCCUCAAGCUGCAGCACCGGCAGGCCACCGCGGUGGCGGCCAGAGAGGCGCAUGCGCUCGGGAUGGACAGCGCCAGCGGGUCCCCCGCGACGCCGAAGUCGGCCCCGCCGUCCCCGGCCUCUCUUCACUCCAACGCUUCCCCCCGCUCCGCCCCGUCUUCCGCCUCCGCCUCCGGCGCGUCUCCUCAUUCCCCCAUGUCGCCCCACACGACGGAGUUGUGAUUUUUUUUUUUUGCCGGGGAGGGGGGCGGGCACUUGUCCUUGUUUCCUCUCACCCCAUAAUUAUCUGUGCUUGGAAUUACUUGGUGGCGGGGGGGGGGGGGGGGGGNGGGGGGGGGGGGGGGGGGGGGGGGGGGGGGGGGGGGGUUCCACGGCGGAGUCGAAGAGCCGUGUUCGCUGUGGUUUCGUGCUCUCCUGUGGGCAGUUGUUGCAUCCUAGAACUGCCUAGAAACGGGCGGAUGAGUGGUAGGUUGGGGGGGGCACCCACGGACGGUAUCACAUUGCGACCCCGGGAGAUAGCAAGGUUUACUUUUUUGUACCGACGGGGAGCACAUUUGCUUGUUGCAGAAGUGCGCCCGGUGCAGCGGGGCGGUGGGGCGAUCGGUCCCCUCUGCCGCUCGACUUAGUUCAUGUGGGUUUAUUCCUCCGCGCGUCGGACGGGAAAUUGAUGACGCGGUGGUUUACUUACAUCGGUUUGGCGAAAGACAGUUCGUCAUUGAGGUUGAGGUAGUCGGGGGGCCUGCAGGGAGGACAGUGCUGGCAAUGCAGUGGCUGGGCAACGUGUUUGUCCUUCGCCACUCCUUCGCCCUGUGUUGUGAUGCAGGACGGUUCCUCCGAAGGGGUGGGAAUCGUUGGAACUCAGGUUGGGAGUUUCGGUGAAAAUGACCAAUAGCACACGGCUGUAGCGUGGAUGUUCAUACGUAUGAGGGGCGGGGGUGCGUUAGAUAAAUCCUACAGCAUGUAUCUUCAUCACCCUUCGAGCUCGCUGCGACGGGGUUGAGACAAUUUUUGCAGUCGUGUCGAUGUCGAUGUGAAAUGUUUUGAGUCUCCAUCAGCCUCCACAGGCAAACACCAAUAUGCCAAGAAGUCUGUCAGGUUGGACGUUUGUUUUUCCCACGCCUUCCCGACGAGGAGAGGCCCUGACUUUUUUGUUGCUGAUUUUUCUGUCUUUCUUUUUUUCAAGCCUUACGUACGCAAAAUGGACACUCGUCUCCGCUCCAAGGCUGGUCGAUGUGUGUAGCUCUGUCAUCGCUGCGUGGAUCAGGAUUGAGCCUCGGUUAGUUUCUUGCUUGUUUGAAGUACUUGGAAGCAUUUUCUUUUUCGUCGACUAUGCGUCAGCACUCCGCCCACGCGACCAGCGGAGGUUUACGAGAACACGAUGCAUGACAGAUAAACAGCAGUCUUUUUUCGGUGAGAACAGCAAGAAGGUAAGAAGGUAAUGACUGACAUCACACCGAAUGUUGUGACUGAAACCGCU